GCGCCCGCGGCUCAGUCGCGCCGGCGAGGCAGAGCGGAGCGGGUUCCUGCGUCAACAGUGCUUGGACGGACCCGGCCGCGCCCGCCUCUCCCGCCGCCCAGCGCCAUGGCAACGCCGCUCUCCCAGGUGCGCCAGAACUACCACCAGGACUGCGAGGCCGCCAUCAACCGCCAGAUCAACCUGGAGCUCUACGCCUCCUACGUGUACCUCAGCAUGUCCUACUACUUCGACCGUGACGACGUGGCCCUGAAGAACUUCGCCAAGUACUUCCUGCACCAGUCGCACGAGGAGCGCGAGCACGCCGAGAAGCUCAUGAAGCUGCAGAACCAGAGGGGCGGGCGCAUCUUCCUGCAGGACAUCAAGAAACCAGACCGCGAUGACUGGGAGAACGGGCUGACGGCCAUGGAGUGCGCUCUGCACCUGGAGAAGAACGUGAACCAGUCGCUGCUGGAGCUGCACAAGCUGGCGACGGAGAAGAACGACCCGCAYCUGUGCGACUUCAUCGAGACCCACUACCUGGACGAGCAGGUGAAAGCCAUCAAGGAGCUGGGCGACCACGUCACCAACCUGCGCAAGAUGGGGGCGCCCAAAUACGGCAUGGCCGAGUACCUGUUCGACAAGCACACCCUGGGGGACAGCGACAACGAGAGCUGAAGCCCCCGGGGGCCACCCUGCUGUGCUGGGCGGCCUCCUGCC